AUGGCUGACAACGGAGCUUGGGGUGCUUGGCAGGUUGAGCCUUCCAAGUUCACAAAGGCGGUGGUCGAUUCCAUGAAGACAUUGUAUCCGGAAGAGCUUGCAGAUAGGGCAUGGGAUAAUGUUGGUCUUCUUGUUGGAAACUCGGAGUCCGACUCCAAGCCAGUAGUUCUAGUGACCAAUGAUCUCACAUACCAAGUCGCUACCGAGGCCAUUGAACGAGGUGCCAGCGUCAUUGUCAGCUACCACCCCUUUAUCUUUUCUGGCCUUAAAUCUAUCACAAACAAAGACCCCCAGCAAGCCACCCUCCUCCAGCUGGCCAAAGCAGGGAUCGCAGUCUACUGUCCUCACACGGCUGUAGACGCCGCGCCCAAGGGUCUCAACACCUGGCUUGCGGACAUUGUUGCCGGCUCUCACUCGUUCAAGAGGUCCGUGGCCAUCCCUUGCCGCACGGCGCCUGAAACCCACUCCCCAGCAGGGUACGGUGCCAUCGGCGAGUUCGACCAGGAGGCGGACGGCGUCCCCCUCCGUGAGAUCAUCCUCCGCCUGGCUGAAAAGCUCGGAGGACUGAGACACAUCAUGAUCGCAAGCCCUGUGGGCGCCAAGGUGGAAACGACAAAGGUUCGCAGCUUCGGUGUCUGCGCGGGGAGCGGUACCGACGUCUUAAAAGAUGCCAACGUGGACCUUCUGGUCACUGGCGAGGCAAGCCAUCACCCUGCUUUGAAGGCUAUUCAGCAGGGGAAGACUCUCAUCACAGUCUUCCAUAGCAACUCAGAAAGGGGCUACCUGCAGGAGGUUCUCCGGCCAGCGCUGGAGGAGCAACUGCGGAUCACAGAGCCCAAGGCUGAGGUUCUGGUUAGCGAACAUGACCGCGACCCGUUCACUAUCUUGGAUGUAAAUGAGUUAUAG